CAGAAAGAACAGUAAAAAUGCAGGCAGGGCGCAGGACAAAGCACUCGGGACAAAAUUGAAUUUAGUGAAUGUCACUUUUUGUCAUUUUCAAAUUUCCCGCCACUCCGUCCCCGUACGUCCUGACGUCGCAGGGAAUGGAACCCAGAAGACAGAUGCCGGCAUCGGCCGGAAGGACAUUACAGGGGACACUGCAGGAGGGACAUCGCGGGAGCGCAGGACAAGGUAAGAGAAGAACAGAUCCCAGAGCAGCGCCGCAUGGUAAGCCCGAGUGUAGCUCGGGGUUAUCGCUUGUGAUACUGAAA